AUGGACGCCGCUGCGUCUAUUAUCGGUCUGAUAGCUGUUGGCACAAAGAUUUACGGGAUGCUAAACAAUUUCGUCACAACCUACAAAGAGGCUCCUGAAAUCGCCAAAACCAUACUCGAAGAAGUCCGAGACUUCCGGUAUGCUCUGGAGAGGCUUCGGCCCUACGUCGAACAGGUGUCACCGAUUACUCCUCUGGGGGCAGCUGCUACUGAUGUGUAUCAGCUCUCUCUUACAUUGGCAUCUUGCGUGUCAACCUUCUCACAGGUUGAAAAGGCCCUGGAUAGAUUGAUGCCAAUAGGGAAUGAGAAGAACUACAUCGCUCGAAUUCGUUGGACUUUAGCUAGUGCUGAUAUUGGUGUGCUUCUCGGGCGUAUUCAACAGCAUAAGGCGAGUUUAUCUUUACUCCUAGCGAUAUGGAUGAGUGAGAGUUCGUCACAAACCGAAGCCUCUCUGGACUCUCUGAAUGAUGUUUUAAGGGAGCUUCUGCUCCUUAAUGAACAGAAGAAAGCGGUAGAAUUGGUUGCCGAUGGUGGAGAUAUCUCGUCUACGAAUACUCUGGUCUCCACAGAGCCGGAGGCCGGCCGGGAGUCAAUGCUCUCGACAACAGAUGUGGAAACUAGCUCAAUCACCUCAAUAUCAACUUAUUCAUUCAGGUCGCGUCUUCUUACAUCUCGGCCCUACAGACGUAUCGCUCUCUUUGACUCUGGGAACUCGGAAUUUUCGAUUGCAACGUCGCAACGCCGCGGGGGGAGCUGGUCGACCCUACGCUCAAUAGGCUCCAAUCACUCGGUAUUCUCACUCCCGGCAACACUUCGCUCAAUCAUCACAAGAUCGACUCAGCCAUCCAUAUCUUCACUCUCGUCACAACUUCUGAAAUCUAGGCCCUACCAACAUAACGUUAUCUCUAGUGACUCUGGGAGCUCAAUGCUUUCGGUAGCAACGUCGCAACGCCGUGUGAAGAAAUGGUCGACCAUGCUCUCAAUAAAAUCCAAUCAGUCGAUAUUCUCAUUCCCCUUCACCAACUUUAAUUUCUCGUGCAUAUCCAUUAUGGCGGACGGGAAUCCAUCUCGGAUACCUAUUCCUAUCGAUGUUAGUUUGCUGUACAAGCACGAGUGGUAUACCCUAUCGCCAUCGUCAUCUCGAUCUAUGACGGAGGUAUGGGAGGAUGUACAGAAAGAGUCUCCUAUCCCAGACAAGAGUUAUGCUAGUAGCCCAGAGAUCAGUCUCCAUGAUAUGAAGGCGAUGACGGCGCUUAUCACCACGGGUGCAUAUCUUGACGGUCCAUUUCUGUCUUUCUGCGCAAGAAGAAAUAUAGGGCUAGCUCAUAUCAUAAUAGACAGGGCAUACGGCCCUGGCUUAAAUGAUAAAGGGGUCGAUCCCGUCUUGAUCGCUGCACUGAGGGCCGGUGAAUGGGGUGUAGCUCACGAUCUCUUCGAUAAGCAGAUGAUACCAGGGGAUGGCUCAAUGAGCCCCAAUUGGCGGGCAAAUGCGCUCGACUACGCAACCAAGGAAUCACUCAUGAAAAUUCUAUGUGCCCAACUCGUUGGUAGCUCAGACUUUAAGAGUAACGGUGUUAUUCCGCUCGCGCAGGCCGUCAAUAGUCGGGAUUCUACGGGUGAAACCGCUUUGAGAUUCGCUUGUAGAAGCAGUAAUGUCAAUCUCGUCAAGUUCCUUAUAGCCAAUGAUGCUGAUCCCGGGGUAAUCUUUCAGUCGGGCAACAGCCCGAUGCAGCAAUCGUCGUUAUGGCCACGCCAGCGCUCAUUGAUAAAGGCGCUAUUAGAUGGCGGGGCAGCCCUCGAGAGUAAGAAUGCUGAAGGCCGUACUCUUCUCCUGGAAUUUAUCAGGUCCCAAGAGGGGGAACUAUCCGGCUCAGACCUGGCACUCUUGAACCUCUUGCUCGAUACUGUGGCAUUUCUUACGAGCACUGACACGGAGGGGAAUAAUGCCCUGCUUAGUGCGAUAGAGUGCGGCAAACUCAGUAUUGUACAACGACUGCUUGAGGCUGGUGCGGACGUAGAGGCCAGGAAUACGAUAUCGGGCAAAAGUGCACUUCACCAAGCCGUUCGUUGUGAUAAUCCCACGAUUGUAAAGAUCCUCCUCGAAAGAAAGGCUCUUGUCAAUACCUUCGAUAACAGUGGUCGCACCCCGCUACAUGAUGCCUGUGUCUCGUUUUGCGAUAUGGAAAACCAUCUGGAAAUCAUCACCUAUUUGCUUCACCACUCCGCGUCAGUCGAUAGUAUUGAUCAGAGCGGAAAUACAGCUAUCCACCACCUCUUUCGGACCGUGACCGAGGCCCACAUACACUCAGGGUUGGUCGAGUUAUUACUCGAAAGAGGGGCAGAUAUUCAUAGACAAAAUGUUCAGGGACAGAGCGCCAUCUCAUAUCUAGGUGCCUCAAAUCAUAUAGAGAUAAUGAAGCUUGUUGAAAGCGUGAAAGCUAAGUUUGGGAGAGAAUAG